GUGUGUGUGUGUGUGUGUGUGUGUGUGUGUGUGCUCUUGGUUAUUUUUUUUUUUUGGAAGAAAAAUCUUGAAAAUCUGGGGCAGGUUACAGUGCUCCUAGGGUGGUGGUUCUUCUUUUGCAAAAGGAGCUGACCAGACCAAGCUACUGGAGACAUUUUUUGGGCGAGUAAAGAGAAUUUUCCUUCCAGAACAAGAAGGAUUUUUUUCCCUUGGCUCUGCAUACGAGUGAGAGAGAUUAGCUCCUAAACCUGUGAAAUCGACCAGAGCCGUGUGAUUACCAGGGCUUGAGAGAGAACUCGGGAAGAAAAAGAAGAAAUAAAUCAAAGAGCCUGUCAGUGCCUGUGGCCACGUUGGAAGAUGUCAUCUCAAACUAAGUUCAAGAAAGACAAAGAGAUCAUUGCCGAAUAUGAAGCCCAAAUAAAAGAGAUCCGCACGCAGCUGGUGGAGCAGUUCAAAUGCCUGGAGCAGCAAUCCGAGUCGCGGCUGCAGCUGCUGCAGGACCUCCAGGAGUUCUUCCGCCGCAAAGCCGAGAUUGAGCUCGAGUACUCCCGCAGCCUGGAGAAGCUGGCCGAGCGAUUCUCCUCCAAGAUCCGCAGCUCCCGGGAGCACCAGUUCAAGAAGGACCAGUACCUCCUCUCACCCGUGAACUGCUGGUAUCUGGUCCUGCAUCAGACCAGGCGGGAGAGCCGAGACCAUGCCACCCUCAAUGACAUCUUCAUGAACAAUGUCAUCGUCCGCCUCUCCCAGAUCAGUGAGGAUGUCAUCAGACUCUUCAAAAAGAGCAAGGAGAUUGGCCUGCAGAUGCACGAGGAGCUUCUGAAGGUCACCAAUGAGCUCUACACAGUCAUGAAAACCUACCACAUGUACCACGCGGAGAGCAUCAGUGCAGAGAGCAAGCUGAAGGAGGCUGAGAAGCAGGAGGAGAAGCAGUUCAACAAAGCGGGCGAGCUCAGCAUGAACCUGCUCCGGCAUGCUGAGGACCGGCCCCAGCGCCGCAGCUCCGUGAAGAAGAUUGAGAAGAUGAAGGAGAAGAGGCAGGCCAAAUAUUCUGAGAACAAGCUGAAGUGCACGAAGGCACGGAAUGACUACUUGCUGAAUCUGGCAGCCACCAACGCAGCUAUAAGCAAAUACUACAUCCAUGAUGUCUCCGACCUAAUCGACUGCUGUGAUUUGGGCUUUCAUGCCAGCCUGGCCCGCACCUUCCGGACCUACCUCUCAGCCGAGUACAACCUGGAGACAUCUCGCCAUGAGGGGCUAGAUGUAAUUGAGAAUGCAGUGGACAACCUGGAUUCCCGAAGUGACAAGCACACCGUCAUGGACAUGUGCAACCAGGUCUUCUGUCCUCCACUCAAGUUUGAGUUCCAGCCCCAUAUGGGAGAUGAGGUGUGCCAGGUCAGCGCUCAGCAGCCCGUCCAGACAGAAUUGCUCAUGCGGUAUCACCAGCUGCAGUCCAGACUGGCCACUCUCAAGAUAGAGAAUGAGGAGGUGAGAAAAACCCUGGAUGCCACCAUGCAGACCUUGCAGGACAUGCUGACCGUGGAGGACUUCGAUGUCUCUGAUGCUUUCCAACACAGCCGGUCCACAGAAUCUGUCAAGUCCGCCGCCUCUGAGACCUACAUGAGCAAGAUCAACAUCGCCAAAAGGAGAGCUAACCAGCAGGAAACAGAAAUGUUUUAUUUUACAAAAUUUAAAGAAUACGUGAACGGCAGUAACCUCAUCACUAAGCUGCAGGCCAAGCACGACUUACUCAAGCAGACCCUGGGCGAAGGGGAGCGAGCAGAGUGUGGCACAACCAGCAGAAGAGAUGGAAGGCUUAGGCUGCCCCACUUUCCUUGGCUGAGCUGCCCCCCUGCUCCCCACUUUGUGCCCCACCCAGCAUUUCAAGGAAGAAGAAAUGCUCGAACCAGGAACCAGGAUUCGGGGCAAGCUAUACCGCUUGUAGUUGAAAGCUGCAUCCGAUACAUCAAUUUAUAUGGACUCCAGCAGCAAGGGAUCUUCAGAGUGCCAGGAUCUCAGGUCGAAGUCAAUGACAUAAAAAAUUCCUUUGAGAGAGGUGAAGACCCCCUUGUGGAUGAUCAAAAUGAACGAGAUAUCAAUUCAGUCGCUGGCGUUUUAAAACUGUAUUUCCGAGGACUGGAAAACCCACUCUUUCCUAAGGAAAGGUUUCAAGAUUUGAUAUCUACUAUUAAACUGGAGAGCCCAGCUGAGAGGGUGCACCAGAUUCAACAAAUCCUCAUCACCCUUCCCCGUGUGGUCAUCGUGGUCAUGAGAUAUCUCUUCGCUUUCCUCAACCACCUCUCACAGUAUAGCGACGAGAACAUGAUGGAUCCCUACAACCUGGCCAUCUGCUUUGGGCCCACCCUCAUGCACAUCCCUGAUGGGCAGGACCCUGUGUCCUGCCAGGCACACGUCAACGAAGUCAUCAAAACCAUCAUCAUCCAUCAUGAAGCCAUCUUCCCCAGCCCCCGGGAGCUAGAGGGACCUGUGUAUGAAAAAUGCAUGGCUGGAGGGGAAGAAUAUUGUGACAGCCCACACAGUGAGCCAGGGACCAUUGAUGAAGUUGACCAUGACAAUGGCACCGAACCUCACACCAGUGACGAAGAAGUGGAACAGAUCGAGGCCAUCGCCAAAUUUGACUAUGUGGGGCGGUCUCCGCGUGAGCUGUCCUUCAAGAAGGGGGCCUCACUGCUGUUGUACCACCGCGCCUCAGAGGACUGGUGGGAGGGUCGUCACAACGGCGUGGAUGGACUCAUCCCCCAUCAGUACAUAGUCGUACAAGACAUGGAUGAUGCCUUCUCAGACAGCCUGAGCCAAAAGGCGGAUAGCGAGGCCAGCAGUGGGCCACUGCUGGAUGACAAGGCCUCCUCCAAAAACGACCUCCAGUCCCCCACGGAGCACAUCUCGGAUUAUGGCUUUGGUGGGGUGAUGGGCCGAGUGCGGUUACGAUCCGAUGGAGCGGCCAUCCCCAGGCGCCGAAGCGGGGGCGACAUGCACAGUCCGCCCCGGGGCCUGGGCCCCAGCAUAGACACGCCGCCCCGGGCCGCCGCCUGCCCCAGCAGCCCCCACAAAAUCCCCCUCACCCGGGGCAGGAUCGAGAGCCCUGAGAAGCGGAGGAUGGCGACGUUCGGGAGCGCCGGCAGCAUCAACUACCCUGACAAGAAAGCGCUCUCGGAAGGGCACUCAAUGAGGUCGACGUGCGGCUCCACCAGGCACAGCAGCCUGGGGGACCACAAGUCCCUGGAGGCCGAGGCCCUGGCAGAAGACAUCGAGAAGACCAUGAGCACAGCUCUGCACGAGUUGCGGGAACUCGAGAGGCAGAACACCGUCAAGCAGGCGCCAGAUGUGGUGCUGGACACCCUGGAGCCCCUGAAGAACCCACCAGGCCCCAUCAGCUCGGAGCCCGCCAGCCCCCUGCACACCAUCGUCAUCCGAGACCCUGAUGCCGCCAUGCGCCGCAGCAGCAGCUCCUCCACUGAGAUGAUGACCACCUUCAAGCCAGCCCUGUCCGCCCGCCUAGCUGGCGCCCAGCUGCGCCCACCCCCCAUGCGGCCUGUGCGGCCUGUGGUUCAGCAUCGAUCCAGCAGCAGCAGCAGCUCGGGUGUGGGCAGCCCGGCUGUGACGCCCACCGAGAAGAUGUUCCCCAACAGCUCAGCAGACAAGUCAGGCACCAUGUGACCUACAGGAUGGGGCGGCACUGCCCUGGCCUAGUGUGGCACACCAAGGGCGACCUCUGUGACUUCCACGUUCUUCCCAGUGCUCCUAGCCUGGCUGAGCAGGGACCAGAAGGUCAGACCAGAAGAGUGUCUGUGCAGAGCUGAGGCCCAGACACUAGCCAUAGCUCACAUCCAGCCACAUGAAUCGCACAGGCCUUGUGUGUAUAAACAGAGGCCCAGAGGAGCGCAGGUGCAGGAGCAGCCCCAACUAGAGUGUUUCCUAAGAUCGUGGCAAAAUGUUAAAUGGCUUCGCCUGUGUAUCAUCACUGGAAAAUUAUUCCCUCGACAUUCUGUCUACAUACAUAUAUAUGUGUGUAUAUGUGUACAUAUACACACAUAUAUAUGUAUGUAUGUGUCUGUAGGUGUGUGUAUAUAUAUAUAUUUAUGCAUCUAUAUACAUAUACUAGAUCUGGACGCACAUACUAAAUGUAUAUAGGAUCUCCUUUUUCUUUUUAUGAAACUUAGAUUUACCUCAGACCCAUGCCACCAAACAUCUCCCGCUGAGUUAUUUGGUGGGAUUUGCAGGAACUUUUCUGGGAGAAUUUAGAGGCCCACAGUAACUGCGAAUGAAGCAAUAUACCACUAACCUGCAGAAAAAACAAAAACCGUCUCUCCCUGUCUCCAGAAGUUGUGGCCUUCCAGAACAGUCUGCCCCUAAACGAAGGGCGGGGCAGGCAGUACCCCAAGCAGGCUGCUCCUAGAGGUGGGGAACCCUUCACAGGAUAACUCCCCACCCCUGUCCACUCCAGAGACCCUGCCUUUCCACCCGAAGGCCAAGUGCCAACUGUACCCGCAACGGCACGGGAGGAUGUUGGUGAGAAGACCCCUGACCACAGCAUCCUUGUGUUUGUAUGUAGAAAAAGGGGAGAGUGAGAACUUAAGCCCCAUCUUAGCACAGUAUGUGUGGUUGGGAAAAAGUAAAAAAAAAUAACAAAAAACAAAAAAAAAGAAAAAAAACCCACAGUGGAUGUGGAACACUUCAAAACCUAGAAACACUGUAGGAAUUAUUCUGGUAACUAUAGAGGUUUAACUUAUACAAUUUUCAAAAUAUUUAAUUUUUUUUCUCUUCCUCUUUCUACUAAUUAUACUGUGUCAGAUUUGGAACUAAACAGGCAAGGAGGCUUCGAGUCACAUCGUUUUAAUUUAAAACCAGGCCAUGACGCACUUUGACAGGUGCCCUCUUGCACAAAGUACACGAACCAUAAGUGCCCAGCUCAGACCAGGGGCUGAGGAGAGGCAAUCCUUGGCACUUUCUGUCCUAGAGAAUGCUUCAGUUGAGUUUAUGGAAGUGAAAUAGCCCCCUCCCUCUCCUUUCCCUUCCCUUCCACUCGCCUCCUCCAAAGCAUUUAAUGUAAUUGAAAAUAUGGUGAGACAAUUGGGGUGCACGAUCUUCGAGGAUUACGAGCAAGGCUUCCGCCUCUUGGCUGGGAAAAGCCCCUUCUGGAUCACUCGUUGGAUUGUAUUUCACUUCCCCUUUGGAUCUCUUCCUUUUCCAGAGAUGGCUGUUUCUGGAUUAUGGAACGUAGACAGAUCAAUUUCUAAUGGGACCACAUUUACUCACCCUCCUCAUUCCAAGCCAAGGGUUUCUUCCCUCUUGUUCUCAAGCUUCAUGUCUUUCUCUUUCUCAAGGCUUCUAAGUGUGUUCAUGGCUGUGGUUUGGAGUCAAAAGUCCUGUGUUUGAGUCCCAGCCCCAUCACUUGGGAGCUGUGGCACUCUGAGCAUGUCACUGCAGCUCACUGAGCCUCAGUUUCCUGCUCCGUAAAACGAAGAUAAUAGUGAUAAAAUGUAAGUGAGCAAGCUGUUUAAACUAGAAAGCGCUGUGCCAAAUCGAUUGCUUUUUUUUAUUGUCAUUAGUAAAAUAAGUCUUUUCGCUCAGAAACCACCCAAGACCUUCCUUUUGAAACCUCCUAAUGGCAUUUGAGAAGUGGGCAGUGGAAUUUUCCUAUCAGCUUCAUAAGCUCCCCGAAGCACGGCCCUACAGAUAUAUUGCCUAUUGAUGCUUGAAAUUCCAUUAUUACCAUUUCACCCCAUUGGAUGAAGUUUUGUCUUCUCCGCUGGUCCUCCAUAAACAGGUGACUACACCUUAGAGUGUAGGUGACUACACCUACUGAGUCUCUAAUACCUGAGUGUGUGGGAGUGGCUAGCCAUCCUGCCUCUUCUGAGCGCUGGCAUUGAGAGCGGCGGAAGACUCAAGAAAGGGCGCCAAAAGAGAAUGCCAGGGAGAGGCCAAGGACAAACUUGACCUUCCUUUUUUUGCCUAGAACCAACUGUUCUCUUUUAGCUCCUGGAAAUGAAAACACCUCAGAACUAGGUAGGAGCCCUCUGCCUUUGUGAGCAUAUAAAAUAACCCCAUUUUAUAGCCUAGGAAAGAAAGCAAGGCCUUGGGAUGUGCUGUGACUUGCCUAAGAUUUAAUAGAUGGCUGAAAGUGGGGGCUGCGUCAGGCUCAUAAAGUCAUUUGUUUGCAAGGAUGCUAUGCUGUCUAGCCAGGAUACAAGGCAUCCCAUUUCUACCCCACAGAUCCUCCCAGACCUUAACUGUGGUAGCCGUCCACACAAAAUGUAACAUUCUCUGCCAUGACUAACAGAUGAAAAGAGAAAAUGUGAGUUGACAGACCUGUUGCCUGAUAUCCAUAACACCAGUCAGACAGACCAUGUGACUUUUCCUCUGAAUUGAUGACUAACUUCAUUUUUCUUCCCUAGAAAUGGACCUGCCUUUCACCGAAUUACCUGAAGGCAGAGCCGUAGCUGUUUUCUUUAAGCAUCUGUUUUUCCACUGGGGAUAGGCUGAUGAGUUCACAUUUAGAGAAACUCACCACUUACUUAUCCAGCCCCAAAUCUGAGCCUUGACGCAGAACCAAAUGGAAAAACCCUUUGCUCCCCACUGCCCACCUCCUCACCUGGCACUCUGCAUGUCUCGCUCGGUCCCCCUCCAUGGGCACCCAGUCCCACCCAUAGUCACGGAGCAUUGGCACCCUCGUCCCGCCUCCUGCCUGUCUUAGUCCACUAUAUAUCGCUGUAUUUGCUUAAAUGCUGGAAAGUAACUGUUAAAAUGUGAAACUGUAAUUUUUAAAAAGGCGACAAUUAAAUUAUAGCCAAUGACACUCACCAAAUCUUUGCACCUAGUAGAUAGAUCAAUGUAAAAAAAAAAAAAACCACAAAAAACAAAUACCAGAAACCUAACUGUACAGUGAGUGUGAGGGAACUGUAGUAACCUAGUUAGUAGUCCUCAAUAUAACCAAUUGUACAAGGGGAAGUGGUGUUUACUUACUUGUUCAUCAUCAUUACUGAAAGCUGAACUGAUUAGUUCGUCGAUAACGGGCAUUUUUUUUUUUUGGCUUCACUGAAUGAUUUCUUUUCUUAACCUUCGACUAACCCUGAGGUCAUGCCUUUGUCUUUAUGUGUAACCGAUGUUCAGUCUGUUUUAGGAAUGAACCAGCAAGAUGUUCAUUUAAAACUGACCAAAGACAAUUCCUUCCUGGUCUAGUUUCUUGGGCCUCGGGGGCCCAGCUGCCGCUAAAACCUUUCUCGGAUAAAAUUGAGACGAAGCCGUGCUUUCUACCCCACUCUCCCUCUCUCCCUUUAUUCCCCCAUUUCCUCUUAAAGAGCUGCUCUGAGCUGUGGGAUUCUAUGAAAAAUCCUUGCCUUUCCUUGUUUUCAGUGCUAACGAUUUCUCACCUUGAAGCGCCUUUGAACCCAGACAGAGCGCACAAUGGGAGGGACUUGUAAGCGUGGGCAUUACACUUGGGAGUCUGUCCUCUAAGGUCACCAGGCCAAGGAGCAGGAGAGAAGUGGAUUCCUAAGGGAUGAAAGGUUUCUAUUCAAUGAAGAAAUCGGAGUGAGAAGAGACAGGGAAAUGGAGCCAUCCUUUGGCUACCGGCUGGCACCAGCAGUUCAAAGAUCUGCCUUAUAAACCUUUCGGAACUGGUUUGUGGCACAUAGAGGGAGCCAGUGUGGGAAAGGGCCUGGACAAGGACCUGGCUUCUCUGUUGGAGGCCCUUGGAGUGCCUUGUUGGGUAUAUUUCUUUCUCAUUCAGGAGGCGUGAAUGCGGAGGACUUCCUGUGACCUGAUCGUUACUUGGCACUCAGUGCACGUACACAGCUGAUGGAAAACCACCAGGACUAAUGCAGUGGUUCUUCCUCUCAGUCUUUCUAUUCCUGACUUUUCACACAUCCACACGGUUCCACACUAGAGCAAAUGCCUCAUUCGUCUGAGAAACCCAGAAAGAAAAACGGCUGGCUCACAACCAUGGUGGGGUCCUGUCGGGCUUGGGGGGAGUGGCGGGGAGGAAAAGGCAGGAAGGGGUGAGCCGAGGUGUUGCUUAGCUGAUUUUCUGCUAUGCAGAGCUAAUGCUGACGUUUCAUGUCAACUUCCCCGGUUCUCUGGGGUCUCCUCUCUUUUGAGCAGCCAUGUAGAGACUUCUCCACAUACCCAAAGCUGCCCAGGGGAGCUGAGAGAAGGGACUUUACUGUCAGGUCAGAGUCCUCCUGGCCUCUCUGAGGUUGAUCUGCCAGUGUCCCACUGUCCCAUCCUCUGGGACUGGCCGAAUGGCCACCGCUGCCCCUUGCUGACACCUCUUCUCUCGGUGAACUGUCCCAGUCAAAUAACAAAACUGUUCCUUGAACCAGAACAACCAGAGCGCACUUUUCCUUCCUUAGACGGAAGUCGAUUCUGCUAGAGUUUCUGCUCAGGCUGUUGUUCCCGGCAGUGUGACUGUUUACACGGUUUGGCAAUAGGCUUGGUUCUGAUUGCUUCAGAGUGGCUGGUCUAUUUUGUUUCCUUUGGUUUCUUUCCUCCCCAAACUGUCAGGAAAAAACAAACCGAAACCGCCCUUGGAAAUUGCUGGUUACCUGUCCCCACGUGAUGAGAAGUGCUGCCCUCUUCCAGAUAUCGUUUCUCUACCUUACAACCGAACGCCCGUCCUAUAGAGUGUCUGAUUGGAUCCUCUGUCGCGUAUUCUGAUGGUGCCUGCUGGUUUGAUGUGGAGCUAUCCUGUGAAAUAAAACAGCUUAACUUUUCUCAAA